AUGGAAGGAGCAAAGCUCGACGAGCUUCCCACCGAGCUUCUCCAGCGGAUGGCGUACUUGUUCGGGCUCUAUGCUCGCGACGUGGCGGCGCUCAAGGCAACGUGUCGGGCGUUGCGGGCCAAGCUCGGGUCGAACGGGCAUGCGCUCGUGCUGCACCGUGCGCUGCUGCCUAUGGCACAGAGUCUGGCGGCUGGAUGGAUUGAUGCUGCUGAGAUGCGGCUCGCAAGAAUGGACGAUGUCGAGCUUGCCAAGGAAGUGGAUAAGGUGCUACCUGCGCUGCUGCGGCUUCCGGCUGCGGUGGAUGGAGGGCGGAUUGGCCGGAUGUGGCCGCGGGUCUUUGCUGCUGCCUGCGCACGACACGGUGAUAGUGACGACGCGUUUGGCUUUGACGUUACGCCGCUGCCGCGGCUGUACGUGUCAAAGGGCAAAGGCGCACGAGCGCUGUCGCUGCUGGAGAUGGCAAGCUGGCAUGGACACGCGGACGCGGUGAGCGACUUGCUGAGCGAGGGCGUCCAGCCGCCGAUUGCUUAUCGGGUCCGCGGACGCGAGCGGUACUUUGUCUACGCGUGCAUGGGAGGGCAUGUCAGGGUUGUGCAGCGAGUGGUCGAGGAUGGGCGCGGCGUUGCCGACGCGACACGACACAACACGGGGUUGACCGCUGCCGCGCGCUCGGGCCACCUCGCUGUGGUCGAGCUGCUGGUGGAUGGCGGAUGGGCUGACCUGGGGCAUUCUGAUUGCGAAGCGUUCCGGCUGGCGACCGAGGCGGGGCAGAGUCAUGUGGUGGCGUGGAUGCUUGGGCGAGCCGAGGUUGAUCCAGGGGCACGCUACAGCUAUGCGCUCGGGAUGGCGGCGUCGGGCGGACACGCGGACGUGGUGGAGCUGCUGCUUGCGGACGGGCGAUCGAAUCCAGGUGACGACGACUCGUACUGCCUGGUCAAGGCUGUGCUCAACGGGCAUGCGGGCGUUGUGCGUUCACUACUGCGAGAGGCGGCACGCUCGUAG